GACGCCCGUCGCCAUUUUGGAUCGAGCGUGCGGGGUUCGUAGCGGAGAGCGCGCGGCGAGGAGAGAGGGAAGCGCGCGAGAGAGACGAGGGCCCCGCCGCCUCCGCCUUGCUCGGCCUCUCUCGCCUUCUUGUUUCUGCCUCGCAGACGCACGGAACGAGAGUCGCCGCGCAGCCGAAUCCCGUGUACAUAAUACAGGCGACGCAUAUAAGCCGCGAUAUAUUUUUUUGUACGACUUCUAUAUAUUUUUUCCCACCACCACCCCCACCCCCUCCGUCUUUCCCUCAUCGACUCCUUUUCUGUUCGCGUCGCUCAAAAGCACGCAGCAGCAGCAGCGCCACCCCCACACCCCCCUCCAGGCAUUCAACUCGCCACCCACCCCGACCCGCUCGCUGCCGCCACUGCCGCCAACACUGCAACAAGAUGACGAGCGUCUCCUACCACAUCUCCAACCUCCUGGAGAAGAUGACGUCCAGUGACAAGGAUUUCAGGUUCAUGGCGACGAAUGACCUGAUGUCGGAGCUGCAGAAGGACUCGAUCAAACUGGACGAUGACAGUGAGCGCAAGGUGGUAAAAAUGCUCCUCAAGCUGCUGGAGGACAAGAAUGGCGAGGUGCAGAACCUGGCCGUGAAAUGCCUCGGCCCGUUGGUAAGCAAGGUGAAGGAGUACCAAGUGGAGACCAUCGUGGACACCCUCUGCUCCAACAUGCUGUCUGACAAGGAGCAGCUGAGGGACAUCUCCAGCAUUGGCCUCAAGACUGUCAUUAGUGAGCUUCCUCCGGCCUCCAGCGGGUCCAGCUUGGCAGCCAAUGUGUGCAAGAAGAUCACAGGGCGGCUGACGAGCGCUAUCGGCAAGCAGGAGGAUGUCCCGGUGCAGCUGGAGGCUCUAGACAUCAUGGGAGACAUGCUGAGCAGACUGGGCGGCCUGCUGGUGAGCUUCCACCAGUCGAUCCUCGCCUGCCUGCUGCCACAGCUGACGAGCCCCCGGCUGGCGGUGCGCAAGCGGGCCAUCAUCGCCCUCGGCCACCUGGUGAUGGUGUGCAGCCACGGCCUGUUCGCCGAGCUCACCGAGCACCUGCUGGCCGAACUGGCGCGCAACGAGUCGACGUCCACCACGCGCACCUACAUCCAGUGCAUCGCUGCCAUCAGUCGACAGGCAGGCCACAGAGUUGGAGAGCACCUGGAGAAGAUCACUCCUCUCAUUGUGAAGUUCUGCAAGGUGGAGGAUGAUGAGCUGAGGGAGUAUUGCAUCCAGGCCUUCGAGUCAUUCGUGCGAAGGUGCCCCAAGGAGGUGUCUCCCCAUGUGCCGGUCAUCAUCGAACUCUGCCUCAAGUACCUGACCUACGACCCGAACUACAACUACGAUGAGGACGAUGAGAACGCCAUGGAGUCUGAGGGGGCGGAUGAGGAGGAGGAUCAGGAAAGCGAAGACGAGUAUAGCGAUGACGACGACAUGAGCUGGAAGGUGCGACGCGCGGCUGCCAAGUGCCUGGACGCGGUGCUGAGCACGCGGCAUGAGAUGCUGCCCGAGUUCUACCGCACGGUGUCGCCGGCGCUCAUCGCUCGCUUCAAGGAGCGCGAGGAGAACGUGAAGGCGGACAUCUUCCACGCGUUCCUCUCCCUGCUGAAGCAGACGAGGCCCGUGCAGGGCUGGCUCAACGACCCCGACGCCAUGGACCAAAGCGACACUCCACUCACCAUGCUGCAGAACCAGGUGCCCAACAUAGUAAAGGCGCUGCACAAGCAGCUGAAGGAGAAGAGCGUGAAGACGAGACAGGGCUGCUUCAACCUGCUCACCGAGCUGGUGAACGUGCUUCCAGGGGCCCUGGCCGACCACGUGCCCGCGCUUGUGCCAGGCAUUGUGUUCUCGCUGAGUGACAAGUCGAGCUCGUCCAACAUGAAGAUCGAUACGCUGGCAUUUGUGCACACGCUGCUGUGCCAUCACCCACCCGAGGUGUUCCACCCCCAUGUCAAGGUGCUGGUGCCGGCUGUGGUUGGAUGCGUGGGUGACCCCUUUUACAAGAUCACUUCAGAAGCCCUGCUGGUCACACAGCAGCUUGUGAAGGUUAUCCGGCCAUUAGAUCCUUUGACCAGGCCCGUGAAGGCUCCAGUGUUUGACCCAAAACCAUACAUACGAGACAUCUUCACCUGCACACAGAAGAGACUGAAGGCGGCCGACAUCGACCAGGAGGUGAAGGAGCGCGCCAUCGCGUGCAUGGGUCAGAUCAUCUGCAACCUGGGCGAUGGGCUGGGUGCCGAGCUCGCCGCUACGCUGCACAUCUUCCUGGAGCGCCUCAAGAACGAGAUCACUCGGCUAACCACGGUGAAGGCACUCACGCUCGUCGCGAGCUCCCCUCUGCGGCCGGACCUGCGGCCCGUGCUCGCCGAGGGCGUGCCCAUCCUCGCGUCGUUCCUACGCAAGAACCAGCGCGCGCUCAAGCUGGCGACGUUGUCGGCGCUCGAUGCGCUCAUCCGCCACUACAGCGACUCGCUGACGGCACCCAUGGUGGAGGCAGUACUGCAGGAGCUGCCGCCGCUCAUCAGCGAGGGUGACAUGCACGUGUCGCAGCUCGCGGUGGGCUUCCUCACGACGCUGGCGCGCGUCUACCCCGCCGUGCUCACCAAAGUCAGCGGCGCCGUGCUCAACCAGGUGCUCGGGCUGGUGCGCUCCCCACUGCUGCAGGGCGGCGCCCUCUCAGCCGUGCUCGACUUCUUCCAGGCCCUCGUGGCCACGCGCACCACGAGCCUCGGCUACCUGGAGCUGCUCCGGCUCCUCACAGGUCCCGUGUACGCGCAGGCCAGCGGUGGGGCCGUGUCUCCCGUCUCCCCUGCCUCCCCAGCGUCGCCCGGAGGGGCCACCCUGGCCUCCACGCCGGCGCUGCACAAGCAGGCCUUCCAUUCAAUUGCGAAGUGUGUGGCAGCGCUCACCGUAGCCUGCCCGCAGGAGGGAGCGUCGGUGACGGCGCAGUUCGUGCAGGAUGUACGCAACCCCAAGUCGAGCGACGCCGUGCGGCUGCUCGCGUUGCUGGCGCUGGGCGAGAUUGGGCGGCACUUGGACCUGAGUGCUCAACGUGACCUCAAGACCGUGCUGCUCGAGGCAUUCUCGUCGCCCAGCGAGGAGGUGAAGUCGGCGGCGUCAUAUGCCCUCGGCAACGUGAGCGUGGGAAACUUGCAGCAGUACCUCCCCUUCGUGCUGCAGGAGAUCGGCAGCCAGCCCAAGCGUCAGUACCUCCUGCUGCACUCACUGAAGGAGGUGAUUAGUUCGGCACAAGUGGCGUCGCUGAAGCCGUACGUAGAAGACAUCUGGGCGCUGCUCUUCAAGCAUUGCGAGUGCGCCGAGGAGGGCACGAGGAACGUGGUGGCCGAGUGUCUCGGCAAGCUGACCCUCAUCGACCCCGCCACACUCUUACCCCGGCUCAAGGGAUACCUCACGUCCGCUUCAGCUCAUGCUCGGAGCACAGUUGUGACUGCAGUCAAGUUCACCAUCUCUGACCAGCCACAGGCUGUGGACUCCCUGCUAAAGAGCUGCAUUGGCGACUUCUUGAAGACGCUGGAGGACCAGGACCUCAACGUGCGGCGCGUUUCCCUUGUCACGUUCAACUCGGCGGCGCACAACAAGCCGUCUCUCAUCCGCGACCUGCUGGACUGCAUCCUGCCGCAUCUCUACAAUGAAACCAAAGUCCGCAAGGAGCUCAUCAGAGAGGUGGAGAUGGGUCCCUUCAAGCACACGGUGGAUGACGGUCUGGACAUCCGCAAGGCAGCGUUUGAGUGCAUGUACACGCUGCUCGACACCUGCCUCGAUCGCCUGGAUAUCUUCGAGUUCCUCAACCACGUGGAGGACGGCCUGAAGGACCACUACGACAUUAAGAUGCUGACGUUCUUGAUGCUGGUGAGGCUGUCCACACUGUGCCCCAGCGCCGUGCUGCAGCGGCUUGACCGUCUGGUGGAGCCCCUUCGCGCCACCUGCACCAACAAGGUGAAGGCGAACUCGGUGAAGCAGGAGUUUGAGAAGCAGGACGAGCUGAAGCGCUCGGCGAUGCGCGCUGUGGCGGCGCUGCUGACGAUCCCCGAGGCGGAGAAGAGCCCCCUGAUGAGCGAGUUCCAGUCCCAGAUCAGCUCCAGUCAGGAGCUCACCGCCAUCUUCGAGAGCAUCCAGAAGGACGCCGCCUCCUCAGGGGCACAGGACACCAUGGACACCAGUUAGGCCCCUCGCCACCCCCCUGACCUGCUCUAUCCAUCAGUGGGACUUCGAAUCGGCCCGUUAUGCACCAGGCCCAGUGACCGCCCAUCCACCCCCACGCCAUCCUUUUAAUCCUUACGAGCUCCCCCCAUCACUGACGCUAGAGAAGCGAAGUUGCUCCAUACAAACAUCGCGUCUCGGGUCCAUGUUGUUGCAUGCGUGAUGUUCCUUGGUUAGUUUUUUGACGACGCCCGGUCACAUAAUUGUGUUCUCAAUGUUUGGCUCCGAGGCCCCUCCUUCCGACUUCCACGUCCACUGAUAAAAGGCUCUAGUUUGUACAGCCAUAGCUGCCCCAGCCAUCUGAGGUGCAACAGCUUUAAGUGCAACACGGAGCUUACUUGGCAAUAGGCAUGGCUGCGUUGAAUUUAAUUGCACUUACGGUAACAGUAUUGUCGGGUUGUAUAUCCUCAUAGCAAUGUUGUCCACACCCAGUGUGUAAGAUAAUUCAUCAUAGUUGGAUCCCACUGUUCGAACUCCUGGCUCAAUGGCAUGCACACUUACUGCUCUUCGGCCAGGCAAAACUGUGCACCUGAAUAAAUGUACUGAUUUGUUUAUACAAUUUAUGUUUUGUCUGCAGGACUUAAUUUUUAUGGGCGUUUUUUUUCUUUUCUUCGGUGGUUUAUUUUCUAUUUGUUUUACCUGGUGCUUACACUGUGUGCAUUUAGAAAAAAAUUGGAGUGCAUCCUGCCACCAGUUUGGUGAUAUCAAACAAAGCAUCAUUAUUCUGCUCACAGUACUGUAAUGCAAGCAAACUAUAGUUGGCAUUCACCUUAAACCGACAGGGUCAUGUUUCGCGUGCUGUUGCCGGUGAAUAGCGUCACUCUGCAGGAAAAGUGCCCUUUAAAACUUUUGUUUCCGUUCGUCUUGCCUCAUUCUGCAUGUUGCCAGCCGCUGCGAAACUGAAUGUGUACUGUGCGAUCUGUCUUUUCGCCAAACGGAUGUAAUGUGUAGAAAGCUGAAUACUCCUGAGAACAUAAAGGUACGGCAACUGCCGCACCGUUUGUCCACAUGUUCAUCUACUAACGUAGACUGUGGGUGGGCCCCUUCUUGUUUGUGUUCAUGUGUGUGGAUGUGUUUUUUCUGCAACCCAUAAAAAUAGCAUACAAACUAUCAAUCAGAUCAUCACUGAAUGCAAAAAAAAAAUGCUGUUUAUAAAACGCAAAAUGUUGCAAGGCUUUUUCUAUAAAACUUUUGAAAAAGUGAAGACCUGAAUGUGUAUGCUGUAUAUGCGCAAGAAAGACCGUAUAUCAGUUUAAUGAUGUGGGGGACAUCAAUUGCUAUUGGGCAUCGAUACAAACGACAAGUAAUCACAUUUAUUUUAGACUUUCACUUACAACGAAAGAAUGCAUAGUGCAUAAUGCAAGAAAUAAACUUUAACAACUGCACUUUAAGGUCGAUUCAGCCUUGCAAACUUGGGUUGAGCAUGAAUUGGAAGGUGUCUCCUUUAUUGUUGAUGUGCUUUAAAAAGUCACAAAGUAAUAAUGAUAACGUGGAGGUGUCAUUCAUAAUUACUAACUGGUGCAAGUGGAUACUGUGGUUGGUUGAUCCUGGAUAUGAAUGAGGCAUUGAGUCUGAGUCGUCUUUCCUUUGUUAUCAGAUGGACAAGACACUAACUUACUGUGCAAUGCUUUUUUUUAAGCAUUGCAUCUUGAUGGAUUUUUGUUUGGUUUAAGCAUUUUUUAUUUACUUGACACGUUUGGCAAAUGAACACGUCAUUACAAUAUAAAGUGUUCACCCAGGAAAACUGCAGUGAGCACGUUAUGCCCAUUGUUAUUAAAGGUUAAGACAUUUGCAUCAGCGCCAAAACUUGCUCAUUGUAUUUCAUGGCAAAGCAAAUAUAAUGGGAGCCCCAAACUUGUGACGUGUGUAUGUGGGAUAAGGGGGAUGGUUUGUUGGCUAUAACAUUAAAAUGUGUCGCGUUUCUCCCGGUUGCCCCAUUCUACCCUCUGCCCAAAAAAUUCCCAACAAGACCAUUAAAAUAUGUAACCAGAAUUGAGUUCAACAUAAGUGGCCUAUUUGCAAAUUCAAUAUAGACCUCAUAGGCCAAUGGAUUGGGACAUAUAAGGGAUUGGGUGGUCAUUUUUUUUGGUUGAAUAGACAUCCAUGGAGGCUUCUGCUAAUGCAGCACAGAACUGAAAAACGAUUUAAAUGGAAUGUAUUUCACUGCUUUUAUUGAAUUCAAAGCAGACAUUCACUUGCACGUGUCCAUCAUUUCAAAAUAAAUGUAUGGUGCCACGCCAGACCAAGUUCUGCGCAGUGGCUCCCACCCAUGUAGUGCUCUGUGGAGGCGAAUAUCUGAAAGCACAACAUUGCAUUUGUCUUAGCCGACCAACAUUUACUGGCAGAGAUAUCUGUUCAAGCGACUCGCGCUAAGGCCUAUUUAGCCUAGGGAUUUUCAAGCUUGCAUCUUCAUUUCCUAUCACAGCCUGGAUGGUUUGCUUCAAUAGUUAUCACGUGCAUGAAAUGUACAUCAGUUUGCAUGUGAGUGGACAAAACAUGUGAACUCUGCAAGGUGUAAUGUGUUACAGUUGCAAGGACUGGAGUUUAGGAAGUUACGCAUUUAAGUGACCUUUGCAGCAUUCUAUAGUAUUUUUUGUAUUGCACCAACCCACAUUCAUUGUUGUUUAGGGUUAUAAAAAUACACUGGAAAAACACAUUUAUUUAAAAAAUAAAAUGGAAUGUUAAGGAAGUCGCUUUAAUAGAUUGCGAUGAAAUUCGACAGUGAUCGCUUUUGUGGAUAUCCAUGGAAGUGAAUGUCGGUAAUUUUCAUAGUGUCAACUGUAGACAUGCAGAUGUUUUUGCCCCCCCUAUCGAGUGCUAUCCUGUGCACGGCUCACGCUGGAUUGCCAGGGGGCAUGGUGAUGGGUACCUUUUUGCGUUAACCUCUCCCAAAUCUUGGCGCAAAGUUCACCACCACCGGUGUCAUGUGGGAUGCUCCACUGCCAGGUUGCUGCAGCUUUUCCUAAGAACAAAAGAAAAUGCAUUUUGACGUUUGGUUUCAUGCGCUUCUCUGCAUAUGUUACUCUUGUUUUUAUUUGCUUCAAGCCGGCAGCGGUUUUUUUUUUCAGGGUGACAUAUCCACGAAAUAGCUAUGGGAUGGGGGGAGGGGGGUAAAGAAAUGUUUGACAGCAGGUCAUAAUUUAAAUUCUUUAAAAAUAAUACGAGAAAAUAAAAGGAAAUGUGAUUGUUGUGUGGAAAAGGCUGCAAUAAAUAUUGCAAAAACUUCAUAAA